AUGCCCGGAAACAGCGGGGGGGCUGGGGUUGGUGGGCGGGCAGGAGCGCACCUGGGUCUGUCCUCUCAGGGCUCGCUCGCUCGCUCAGGCACGCGUGCGCAGACGGGCGGGAAGGGAGAGGAGACGCGCCCGGGCCCAGUGCUGGCCGGCCUGGCCCCCCUCAGCCUGUCUCUAUGGGCGCGCGCCGACAGCCUCGCGCACCGGCCCCGGGGCCCCGGCCGAAGGUGCGCGCGCAGCACCCCGGGAAAGUGGGAGGGGAGGCGGUGGCGGAAAGAUGCGCGCGCAGUCACCCGUCAGGGGAGGGGUAACUGUGGAGCGUCCGCCAUCUUGUCUCCGUCUCCUUACCUGCGUCCUCGGGGGCGUGCGCACCACCCCCCCUCCCACCGAGGAGGGGGGAGGGCCCCCUCUUUGCCGCCGCCUUCGCGGCCUUUAAAUUCCCCUGGGGCCCGCGGGUACUGCCACGGCCUUGCUUCCACUGCCUCCUCUCACGGCACAGAUAUCCAGGCGGUGGGUGGGAAAAACGGGAGACGCUACUCCCAGCGAACCGCCGCCGCCGCUUCCGAGGCCUCACCAAAAUGGCCGCCGCCGUCUCGGCCGCCACCACCAGCACCAGCACCACCAGCUCACUAUCGCUACCGCCGGCGCGGCCCGUCCUCUCGCGAGAGACAAUCACCCAGAGAGCUGAAGCAAUUUGUCAGGUACUUUCAGCAAGUUAGCAUUGGAGCCUGGGCCCCUGGAUUCUCACAGCAGUCCACUUAUAUAGAGCUGCUUCGUUUUACACAAGGUUGGUAUCCCAACAGUUCCCAAGCACCUAUGCCAUCUGUUGGCCAACCUUCCAGGUUAAGAAUCGCCUUUGAGAACAUCCCAGGCACGUCGGACUCAUACAUCUAA